AUGGGCGCGGUUGACAGCCCCGACUGGCUGACAGUGACCUGGGCUCAGGGUGGCAUGCAGCUACAGCCAGACGGGACUGCAGACGACAUCGACCCUGGAAAGGGAAGGUGCGGCCGUGCCGGCAGUCUCGCCGCGACUCCCGGUGAGAAACUCCUGGAACUGCUCCGGCCCAGCGCGGGAACCCCUCGGCGGCACUCCACCGCCGCCUGCGCCCCCCAGCCCCCGAGACCCUCGGGCUUUGUGUAUUGUCCAUCAGACGCUUUGCCGUAUUGUCCGCCCUCGAGACUAGCACCGCCGGCAAGACCUAUCUUGAAGUUACAACCGCCACCGCAACAGAUCCAGCCACUAAUCGUGCCGGCUCCGAUACAUCCGCAGCCGCCCCCCGUGCCGCAACGCACAGCGCCCGUCACCCCCGUGCCCCUCCCCGUUCCACCCCCAGCGCCACCCCGCAGAUCCUCCCCCCAACCACCAAGAAGAGUACCACCGCCAACUCCACCCAGACCAACAGCAACAAGCCCCGCGACCGACCCAAACGGGAAUCGGCGCACAAUCGUACCUUCUCAAACGAAACUCGACUGCAAUCGAAACCCCCAACCUCCAGCUCCGAGAAGACCCCCCCAAAAAAUGCCAGACACACCUUACACACCAGCUCCGUUACCCCAAAACAAUACAAUGAAACGUUCCCCAAGUUCCGGUUCAAACAUCAGCGUUAGACAGGAUUCUAACGUGUCAUCAGACUCUUUUAGCCAGACGUCUUCGCCUUCGUACACUACGAAGACCAUGGAAGCGCCUUUGUUGCCACAUCAGCAUGUAAAUAAAAGCCUGAACGCGAAGAUAGCGAGAGGGUUGCUGCUGAAGGAACAGCAAGAGAAGGAGGCUGGCAACUCUUCCAUCACAAAAAGCAUGUCUACACCAGCGUCCUUACAGACUAUCGUGAGAUUCCAGAACGGGAGCAACAUGUCCCUACAUCAUAGGAUGCUGAGGGACAUGCGGGGCGCCGGCAGCGAAGGCUCCCCCCACAAGUUCAGGGUGCUCCAACUAGCGCUCAAUGCCAUUGCGCUGCUCGCAAUCACCGCCGCGCUCUUUGCAUACUUCCGAGCCAACCCCGCUGUCCAGUACGUAUCACAAGUGGUGAACCGGUCCACGGUGGUGACAUGGCCGGCCCCCACCGACCCCCCGGGCUCCAGGAACCCCGCGCCCGGGGUCUGCCUGCCCGUCAUCGUCAGCUUUUGCCAUCAACACCGCAUAUCCUACAACUACACCGUCUUCCCAAACUACAUCGGCCAUUUUGGUCAGAGGGAUGCGCAACAAGACUUAGAAAUCUACGAUGCUGUAGUGGACGUGCGCUGUUACGAGCUAACAGCGUUGUUUCUCUGUUCCCUGUUCGUCCCGAAGUGCGGCCCGCUAGGUCACAUGGUUCGGCCUUGUCGGAGCUUAUGUCAAGAAACUAUGCGACGCUGCGGUUUCUUCCUGGAAGUGUUCGGUCUUUCGAUGCCAGACUACUUGCAGUGCGAUAUAUUCCCUGAAUCCAUGGACACCGACGUCUGCCUUGGGAACAGAGAGGUCAAAGAAGCACGAUUUAGGGCUGCCAAACCAGUAUGUCCAACCGGUUUUCAAUGCGACGUGAAGCGUUGUAUCCCUCACGACUGGCGGUGCGACGGCCACGUCGACUGCGCUGAUAGAUCUGACGAGCUUAACUGCGUCUCUUGCAAGAAGAGUGGAGACGUCCACUGUGGGAACCGUCAGUGUAUAUCCCAGUCGCACAUGUGUGAUGGGAAGGUAGACUGCCCUUGGGGACAGGAUGAGAGAAAUUGCUUGAGAUUGAGCGUUGCCAAUGGUGACGUGGGGAGUGGAGUACUGCAAGUCUACAGAGCUGCCAACCAGUCCUGGUUCCCCGCCUGCCUCACCAACCUGGACGAGAAGACCGCUUUGAAGCUCUGCUCCUUAUUGGGUUACUCGCGUGUGAACAAAAGCGUCGCCAUCGGAUCAUACAACUACGGGGUCGGUUCCCGGGCCGGGCACAUGCAGCUGAUCGGGGCUGCGCAAUCCUACCGCGACUUCCUCCGCGUGGAGGGAGGCUUGUUGGCUGAGCUGAAGCAGUGUCGCAGCGAUACUGUCAGAGUGGAGCUCAAGUGCACUCAUUAUGAGUGCGGCAAGCGUCGAACCAUAGAAGCGCCGACUACGCGGAUAGUGGGGGGAGUGGAAGCGUUGCCUGGUGACUGGCCGUUCUUGGCCGCCAUCCUCGGAGGGCCAGAGGAGGUGUUCUACUGCGCAGGAGUGCUGGUGGCCGACCAGUGGGUGCUGACUGCCUCGCACUGCGUUGGAAAUCACUCGGACGUGAAUGGCUGGACCAUACAAUUGGGCAUCACCCGGCGUCGCUCGCACGCCUACUACGGUCAGAAAGUGAAGGUCCGUCGGGUGGUGCCGCACCCACUGUACAACAUCGGAGUCGCACACGACAACGACAUCGCACUUUUCCAGCUGGCUGUAAGGGUGCGGUACCAUGAACAGUUGUCGCCUGUCUGCCUGCCGCCCGCCAACCGAAUGCUGCCUCCGGGAACUCUCUGCACUGUCAUCGGAUGGGGAAAGCGGGAUGAUAAAGACAUGAGCGAAUACGAGCCGGCAGUUAACGAAGUGGAAGUGCCGGUCCUGAACCGGGACCUCUGCAACCAGUGGCUGGAGCAUCGGGACCUCAAUGUCACCGAGGGGAUGAUCUGCGCCGGCUAUCCCGAGGGAGGGAAGGACGCUUGUCAGGGUGACUCCGGGGGUCCUUUACUCUGCAGGGACCCAGAUGACGAAACGCGCUGGUACGUCGGGGGCAUUGUAUCCUGGGGGAUCAAAUGUGCCCACCCUCGCCUGCCAGGGGUCUACGCAUACGUGCCCAAGUAUAUACCCUGGAUUCAGAGGCAGAUCGCUUUGUACAACGAUGAGAACGCGAAAUCUGAAGAUAUCUGA